AUGCCAGUCUUCUCCCGUUUAGCCGUAGCGGUCCAGCUUAUCAGCAUCAUCUUCACUCCUGCUCUUGCCGCAUCAACUCCUAAAGACUACGACUAUGUUAUCGUGGGCGGUGGCGUCACCGGUUUGGUGGUCGCAAAUCGUCUGACUGAGGACAAGCAUGUAUCUGUCCUGGUCAUUGAAAGUGGCGAGUCUGUCGACAGCCCGGGAAACAUGAUUCCCUACAAGGCAAACGAUCUUACCAGUGCUAAUGGCCUGAUGUGGGAUGGUCUCACGUCUCUGCCAGAGCCUGGCCUGGGCAACGCCACGUACGACGUCCUGGUCGCCAAGGUCCUUGGUGGCGGUUCUGUUGUCAACGGAAUGGUCUACGACCGUGGUUCUGCUGCCGAUUAUGAUGCCUGGGAGGCUCUCGGCAACAACGGCUGGGGCUGGAAGGGUAUGGAGCCUUAUUUCAAGAAGGGGACAACUUUCCAACCUCCCUCACCUGCUGUCGCUGAGGCCUUUAACAUUACCUGGGACGCCACGACAUACGGCAACGGUCCUCUGGCUGUCAGUAUCACUGACAACCAAUACCCUGACAUCAAGGACUACUGGGCAGCAUGGAAGGCUACCGGUGUACACGUUCCUGAGGAUGGCAACAACGGCGAGGCUUACGGUCCGUCCUGGUACGCCAACACCAUGGACAAGAAGACCGGUCGCAGGGCACACGCACGCUACGCGUACAUCGACCCCAUCGCUCAACGUACAAACCUCAAGAUCCUCACCAAGACGACCGCUCAGAGGAUUGUCUUCGGAAAGAAGAUGGCCGCCACUGGUGUCGAGAUCACUGAUGACGCUACUGGCAAAACUUCUAUCGUUAAUGCUAAGAAAGAGGUUGUUCUUGCUGCUGGUGCUAUCCAGACCCCAAAGUUGUUGCAGCUUAGUGGUGUUGGCCCCAGGUCCGUCUUGGAGGCGGCUGGCAUUCCGGUCAAGGUCGAACUCGAUGCAGUUGGCUCCAACUUCCAAGAUCAUCCCUACGCUACAGUAGUAUUCAAUACCACGCCGGUUCACUACCCCAGCGCGAACCUGUUGACGACCAACGCCACAUUCAAUGCCUCUGCUUGGGCUCAGUACGAGACCAACAAGACUGGGCCGUACACAUACGCCCGCGGUAACGCGCUCGCUUUCAUCUCUCUGCCGGAUAUGACUUCGGACGUCAGCUCGAUCGUUGCCAGCCUCAACAGCCAGAAUGAUGCAUCUCACCUCCCCAGCUUCUAUGCUAACAACAAGAAGUUGCUCAAGGGUUACGCUGCGCAGAAGAAGAUCAUCGCUGGUCUUUUCAAGCGCAAGGAUGCGGCUGUUGCAGAAUUCCCUGUUCCUGCUGACGGCUCUUACGGUCUUGUUGGUGUUGAGAAGCCGCUCUCCCGCGGUUUCGUCCACAUCAACGCCAAGAACCCUACUGGAUCCCCUGACAUCAUUCACAACGCCUUUGUCAACCCAAUUGACAGGAGCGUUAUGGCAAUUGGUCUCCGUUUCUUCCGCACUGUCUGGGCCCGCCCGGAGCUCAAGGAGUACAAGAUCAGUGAAACCGUGCCUGGAGCUCAGUACACUUCCGACGAGGACAUCUACUCUGCUCUCCUUGCUCAGGCUAUGCUGUCGCCUACCCUCGCCCAUCCUUCCGGCUCGUGCCCUAUGAUGCCCGAGAACGCUGGUGGCUGCGUGAGUGACAAGCUCCUGGUAUACGGGACACAACGGCUCUCCGUUGUAGAUGCCUCAAUUGUACCCAUCAUUCCUUCUUGCCAUCUGCAAGCUACCGCUUACGGUAUCGGAGAGAAGGCUGCUGAUGUGAUCAAGAAGAGGGCGUAG